AUGGCCGGUCUACCCGUUGGCACCUGGGAUCGUCUUUGUCACCAGCAAGCCCUCCUGGCCUCGCCUUCAAACGAGAACAUAGACCAGCAGGUGCCUGUGUCGCAACCGAGGGUGCAUCCAGGUGGCCUUCUUCCUCGUCGGUAGGCGGAAGCAGCUGUUGUUCAGGAUGAGGCGGUGCUCGGCGCAGGUUCGCAGGAGGAGCAGGCCAUUGUCAUUGAAGCCGCCAAGACAGCCGGGACCCACCACUACUCUUCAGGCAGCAUGAUCAUUAUCGACGCAGACAAUCAACUCAUCCUCCUUUGGCACACCUGCCAGGAGGAAGUGCAAGUUCACGUAGAAUUUUUUCUUUGCCGCGCCAAAGCUGGCCAUCAGCGGGGGCGUAGACGCUGA